GCCGCGGCGCUCGCGGCGGCGAGCGGCGCGGCGCUGCUGGCGCUGGCGAGCGGCGUCUGCUGCACGGGCAGCUGCGGCGCGGCCGCGGCCGCCUGGAGAGCACCGCUGGCGCGGUCAAGGCGCAGACGGUGCGGGAGUACCGCCAGCUGUACGGCGGGUCCCCCGUGUUUCUCUUCGGGGACAACGGUCAGGGGGACCUCCUGUGCAGCGAGCUGCUCUCCCCCUCUCCGGGACAGCGGGGCGCAGAGGUGCCGGUUCUGGGCGGCCUGGUCGAGGCUUGCUUCAUCCACGAGGUCGUGCCGCGGAAGGAGCAGCUGACGACGCUGGACCCCGGCGCGGACAGGGAAAGCGAGUGGCAGUCGAGGCACAUCUAUUUCCACCGGACCUACGUCAGAGCUGCUCUAAAUGCCUACCCACAGUCGCAGUGCGAGCGCCACAGACUGCGAGCGGCUGCUGUCGCUGGAGGCGGUGUCGCGCGUGACCACGUCGGCGGUCGAGGAUCUGGUGCGCCUGUGCACUGGUGGGUUCGAUUCGGAGCACGACUGGAGGGGGGCGAUAUCUGAUAUGCUGGAGGACGCAUCCGAGGCGAUGGACUUGCUUCGCGAGGGUGGGAUGGGGUGUCAGCACGGAGCGGAGCUGCUGCGCAUCCUCGCGCUGUGGAACGACCUACCUGCAGGUCUUGCGCCUGCGCAGCACAAGCAGCGACGGCUCGAGACGGUGUCCAGUGCCGCGAUACGUUUCGAGUACUCAUCGCAUGCCCCGUCGAAGUAUCGUGUGUGAACAAAAGGGUGG